GAGAGGGAGAGGGAGAGGUAGAGGUAGGGAGGGACGUCUCCUGAGUCAGAACUGUGACGUGUUGGUGUGUGUGGUGCAACUUGAUUCACGCACUUGUUGGCUCCCUUAACAAAGCGCAGUGGAAAGAAACAUUGUGGAGUUUGGAUUACAUGAAACAGGUUACUGAACACAGCCACAAACAAAGGUGAAACCCUGGUAACAUCCCCAGCAGAGCUCACACAGUUGGUUUCAGUUCAGCGACUUCCAUGACAGCAUAGAGUUUCAGCCAGGAUAACAUCGACUUAAUCUCCAACCAGAACUACGUUUAUGAGGGUGAUGAUGAUGGAGGAAGACAGCUGACUUGCUUAACAAGGUUUUCACGUUGCCGCUGGCGAAGAAAUAAAUAAAUGUAGAGAAAUGCUGUAGGACUCUUGCAAUGUUCUGAAGCGCCAUGUUUCUCCCCGGAUGGCCCAGCUGGUGCGUUUUACUGACUCUGUGCAUGUCCGCUUGUGAUUUGGAGGCAUCUGAAGUCACUUGCUCGCAGGUUCUGUCUGAAUGCACCGUGGCAGAUGUGAUUCUACCCGGGCAGGAAGAGAACAAUGUGAAGGUUCAGAGUCUUAAGUCAGAGUUCCACUUCUGCAGAGAUAGACCAUGUACAUUUUGUCUGGAGGUGAAUGCAGAGCUCGACAUUCAACCAGAUGAAGACAAGGAGGAAGAGGAUCACUCUGGGUCUGAUGACGAGGAUUACAGCAAUCCAAAUGCGUCGGUGACGGUGUGUUACCAGACUCCAUCUGCCAUACCCACAUGCAAGAAGGUGGAGUUCACAGUUAAUCACACAGCUCUUACUCAUCAAAACCAGGCAAAGAUCUCCAUGGUGAUUACCAAGCCUUAUGGUUUUCCCUUUGGCAGUGAAAUACAGGUUUAUCCCUAUCCACAAUUAGACCUAAUACAAAAAGUUGUUGCUCCUUCUCCAGCUGAAGUGUGCUCCCGGAAGCUGAAAAAAUGCAUACCACAGUGUCAAGUGCCCACAGUCAGGACUGUGAUAGACGAAACAAUGAACCAGGUUGAGCUGCAGUUUGAGGCCAGCAACAAAUCCCUCCCCACUGUUUGUGUCCAGUAUGAGGCCAAUGGACGCUGUCAGGGCUGGAACAAGUUGACCAUCCCACUGUAUUCAGUGACCCCUUGCACAUGUCUACAGGUGUGGCAUGAAGACGGCGGAAGGUCUACACGCUCUCAACACUGCCCCUUCAAAAACACAAGUCUUCUGCAAAACAACAUAUGGAAAAAUGUGUCAGUGUCUGUGCGCCAAGAUUUAAUGAACAACGAUGGCACAAAGCUGUCAUGGAACCUGACUGCCCCCUGCAGGCUGGAGGGUGAAGUUUGGCUCUGGGACGAUGAGAUCAGCUGCAAGGAUAAACUUACUUGUAGACAGCAGCUGGAAAAUGGACCAUGGAAACAAAACAGACGGGGACUCUGGAGGAAAAAAGGGGUGUUUGAAAACAUCACUCCAAAGCUCUCACCAUGUGUGAUGGUGCAAGUAAAGGGAAUGGAGCAUAAGCUGGGUCCAUUCUGCGUUGAUGGACCUGGCAGGUGGCGCUGGAGUCUCCUAGUUGUCGGUGUCAUGCUGGUGGUCUGCUUGACUGUGAUUAUAUUUUAUUUCCUUCGAGACUUUGUCAAGAAAUGGGCUUGGAGCUGGCACCACGGAGGAUUUGUGAAAGUUGGCAGAAAGGGUCACGUGGUGUUGCUGAGCCCCCCAGAUGCGGAUGCUCUUGUUUCACAGUCAGUAUGUCAGCUCGGGUCGCUCCUCUGCAGCCAGGGCUUCAGUGUGUGCGUCGACCAGUGGAGCAGGAAGGAGCAGUGCAAUUUGGGGCCUCUGCCGUGGCUGCACUCGCAUCUGCUGAAAAUAAACAGCAUGGGUGGCCGGGUUGUGCUCGUUUUGACGCACAAAGCGCUGGCAAGAAUAGAGGAAUGGUCGCACUGCAACAAAGACGUUGUCACGACGAAUGAGGGAGACAGGCCUCGACCACAGAUCUGGUCCCCUUACUCUGAUUUGUUCACAGCCUCCCUGUUUCACAUUUACGCAGAGAAGCAGAAGGGCAAAUCUGGUGAGCGUUUUCUCCUGGUGGAAUUCGAUUCCCAACCAACAAAGACUCAGAGCGGUGGCAGGCGUCUACCAGAGCUGGUUCGGGGGCUGUCUCUUUUCCGGCUUCCCUCUCAGACUGAAUCUCUCUUCACUGAACUGACUGUCACAGAGUCAGAGAAUGGUUCAGGGAGAAGGACAUGGAAAGAGUGGACAUGGGGGAACCCCCAAUGCAUGAGAGUAUAGACUGAUCUAAUAUCAUCAUGUGAAUAUCUUGGAUUCAGAAAAAGAACUUGGCAACAAAGGAUCUGAUUCACCAGUACAUGCAAAUAAACCUUAUCGUUGCUCUGUGAAGAUGAGGGACAUGAGUACUGGAAUGUGAUGAAGAUGAGACAGUAUGAAGGAUAAGUGUCCCAAUAAUAAUAUAUAUAUAUUGUAAUGUUGUAUAUAUGUUAUUAGAGCAGAUAUGCUUUCAUAAAAAGAUCCAAAAUAACUAAUAUGUCAGGCUAGCACAUAAUGCUUUCCAGCCCUUUUAUUUUUGUAUACAUUUGUUAAAUGAUUUCCUGAUGCUGCUAGGAAUUGUAGUUUUAGCAGACAUCACCAGGAUAUUUACUAUACUGCAGCAAGGAAGUGAAUCAUUGCAAUGAAGAAAUAACAACGCAAGUUUGAAUAAUAAUGGAAGUCUAUUGCAUCAACUACAGGAAUCAUUGUAACGGUUUUGUUUUUUCAUGGAAUUUUUUUAGCAGAAAAUAUUGACUAUAUGGAUAAUACAUUACUAAACUGCAACACUUCUAAUUUAUAGUACUAUUCUACUCAUGCACUGCACUGCAAAUCUAUAAAUAAAUUUGUACUUGCAUGUUG